GAACGAAGUUACUAGAAGCUUCCGACCGCUUGUUGGCGCCCCUUUAAUAGUCGGGCAGGCAGAGUGAGAGGGGUGGAUGCGUGAACUGCUCGUGUCGCUCGCUGGUUCGGUGUUUAGGGUUUCCUUUGCCUCCCGCCUCUGUCGCUUUCUCCACUCUCGGAAGUAAUAAUGGGAAAAAUCUACCCAACUGUUAGCGAGGAAUACAAGAAGGCAAUUGAGAAAUGCAGGAGGAAGCUCAGAGCUGUCAUUGCGGAGAAGAACUGCGCUCCCAUUAUCCUGCGUCUGGCAUGGCACUCGGCUGGAACUUUUGAUGUUAAGAGCAUGACGGGAGGCCCUUUCGGUACCAUCAAGAACGAACUUGCUCAUGGGGCAAACGCGGGGCUCGACAUUGCUGUGAGGAUUUUGGAGCCAGUCAGGGAUCAAUUCCCAUCCCUCUCUUAUGCUGACUUUGUCCAGCUGGCUGGAGUUGUUGCUGUUGAGGUCACCGGUGGACCGGAGAUUCCAUUCAACCCAGGGAGACAGGACAAGACUGAGGCUGCCGUGGAAGGCCGACUUCCAGAUGCCACCAAGGGUUCUGAUCACCUGAGAGUUGUCUUCAAGGAGCAGAUGGGUCUGUCUGAUCAGGACAUUGUUGCCUUGUCGGGAGGACACACUUUGGGAAGAUGCCACAAGGAGCGAUCUGGAUUCGAGGGAGCUUGGACAGAGAACCCAUUGAUCUUUGACAACAGCUACUUCAAGGAGUUGCUGAGCGGGGAGAAGGCUGGGCUGCUUCAGCUUCCAUCAGACAAGGCCCUUCUGUCGGACCCAGUUUUCCGUCCUUUCGUGGAGAAGUACGCAGCGGAUGAGGAUGCUUUCUUUGAUGGCUAUGCUGAGGCCCACCUGAAGCUCUCCGAGCUUGGAUUCGCCAACGCCUGAAUUCGAAAGACUUGGCGGUGCAAGGAAUGGUUACUGGUGACGGUGUCGCUUGCUUCUUUUUGCUUGGGUGGGACGGCUACAUGGGGGUUCGUUUUCUGGGAAAAGGGUCUUGGUACAUUGUAAUAAGAAUAUGUGGACGGAUGCGUACAAAUGUUGUUAGAUAUUAUCAUUGUUCAGCCUGCGGUCUCUUCUGUUCA